AUGGCCAGGGGUGAAAUAUACGAAAAGAAAGAACCCAAGGAUGCCAUGGGCCCCGUAUCGUUCACGUUAAAAGGCAGCUAUACAUCUCAGGCUCUUGCUAUCCUUUACCACCAAAUGGUUAAGAAAAAGGCUGCCUCGUCGGGCUCAAAGCCGACUUCAGCACCAAGCAAUACACCACAGGCACCAUCGGACGAGCAGCCAAAGAAGUCAAUGGCAAGGGAACUCUUACAGAAGGCUUUUGAUGGAUUGUCAGCCUUUCGCAAUUUGACUAGCAGGCUAGUCCUCAGCACGGAGGAGAAGGUCGUCGUCGAAAACAUUGAAAUGUUCAUACUCACCCAAAAACUGGCGGCAGACAAGGCCAGUACUGGCGAUGAUUUACUGAACUUAGAAUCAUACCUAACACUAUUGACUAUUGAAUAG